CCGCAGACUCACAAAUCCAGUCCUUAGAAAGCUUUAAUUUUCAGCUUGUCAUUUUGAUCUAUUGUUGCAAUUAUGGUCUCUUUGAGGCCAUGCCUUUUCAUUCUCAUCUUCACUCUGACAAUUACUGACACAUAUUCUAGCAAUGGUCGCAAGGCAAUGCAUAUAUUUCAAACCUACAUUGUGUACAUGGGUGAUCAUCCUAAGGGCAUGGACCCUGCAUCUUCACCUUCUCUUCAUAUGGCCAUGGCUCAAAAAGUUAUUGGCAGCAAUUCUGAACCAAGAUCCAUACUUCACAGCUACAAGAGCUUUAAUGGAUUUGUCAUGAAGUUAACAGAAGAGGAGAAAGAAAGAAUGGCAGAAAUGGACGAGGUUGUCUCCGUUAUACCGGACAGCAAAUAUAUUCUUCACACAACAAAAUCGUGGGAUUUCAUAGGAUUUCCUCAACAAGUAACAAGAGCAAGUAUGGAGAGUGACAUAAUAGUUGGAGUAGUUGACACUGGAAUUUGGCCGGAAUCAAAGAGCUUCAGUGACGAAGGAUUUGGCCCUCCACCCAAAAAAUGGAAGGGAUCUUGCCAUAACUUCACCUGCAACAACAAACUAAUUGGAGCAAAAUACUUCAACAUCGAUGGAUCAUAUCGGAAAAAAGAUAUCAAAUCUCCUAGAGAUCCAAAUGGCCACGGGACACAUACCUCCUCCACCGUGGCCGGAAACUUAGUCACUGCAAGCUUGCUUGGCUACGCCUCUGGGACGGCCCGCGGAGGAGUUCCGUCGGCUCGUGUCGCGAUGUACAAAGCAUGUUGGGUAAGCGGUUGCCGCCAGGCAGACACCCUUGCUGCUUUGGAUGCAGCAAUUGAUGAUGGUGUUGAUGUGCUCUCUCUUUCAAUUGGAUUGGGUGGACUAGAGUACCCUGCCUAUUUUCAAACUGGAACUAACAUUGGAAGCUUCCAUGCAAUGAAAAGAGGCAUAUUUGUUGCAAAUUCUGCUGGUAAUUCUGGCCCUUAUUUUUACACUAUGACAAAUUAUCCACCAUGGAUGCUUUCUGUAGCUGCUAGUACUUUUGACAGAAAGUUUGUUACCAAGGUGCGGUUGGGCAAUGGUGUUGUUUAUGAGGGGUCUACAAUUAACACAUUUGAUCUCAAGAACAAAAUGUUUCCUCUGAUUUCCGCUGGGGAUAUACCCAACACUGCUGGUGGAUUUAACGGUUCUAUAUCCAGGUAUUGCUCAGAGAACUCUGUGGAUAAAAAUGCAGUGAAAGGGAAGAUCGUUGUGUGUGAUAACAGUGUGAAUCCUGAGAAAGUUGGGGUUUUCAAUGGGGCGGCUGGUGUUAUAUUUGGAGCAAUUGGCCCAAAAGAUCUGCCAUCAAUUUUCGCCCUGCCUGCAACAUUCCUUAGUCAAGGGAAACUUAGAAAUGUACAAUUAUACAUUGAAUCAACAAGAAAUGCAACCGCCACAAUAUUGAAGAGUGAUGAAGUCAAAAACACAUUAUCUCCUUAUGUGGCUGGGUUCUCAUCAAGAGGUCCAAAUCCAAUCACUCCAAACAUUCUCAAGCCUGAUAUUGCAGCACCAGGGGUUAGUGUGUUAGCUGCAUGGUCUCCACUUAACUCCAUUUCAGAAUUUGAAGGUGACAAAAGAAAAUUGUCUUACAAUGCAAUCUGUGGCACUUCAAUGGCUUGCCCUCAUGCUGCGGCCGCAGCUGCGUAUGUCAAAUCAUUUCACCCCAAUUGGUCUCCUGCCAUGAUUAAGUCUGCAUUAAUGACUACAGCUACUCCAAUGAGUUCUGCUCUUAAUCCUGAAGCUGAAUUCGCGUAUGGCGCGGGGCAAAUUAAUCCUGUUAAGGCAGUAAAUCCUGGUUUAGUAUAUGAUAUUACUGAAGCAGAUUAUAUCCAGUUCCUAUGUGGGGACGGGUAUACAGAUAAAAUGCUCCAACCACUUACACAUGAAAAUGUUAGUUGCCAUGGAAAAGCUCAAAAGAGAGCUGCAUAUAACUUGAACCUCCCAUCAUUUGCCAUUUAUCAUGGUAAUGUUGGAGUUUUCCCUCGUGUUUUCCGCAGAACAGUUACAAAUGUUGGAUCAGCAAAAUCUACUUAUAAAGCCACUGUAAUAACUCCAUCCUUGUUGGAUAUUCAAGUGAAACCUGAUGUUCUGUCCUUCACAUCGAUAGGCCAGGAAAAAUCAUUCUCAGUUGUAAUUGAAGGGGCUCUCACUGUGAAAUUAAUAUCUGCUACUUUGAUUUGGGAUGAUGGGAAUUUUCAAGUUAGAAGCCCAAUUGUAGUGUAUGGAGACCUACCAGAACCACCAGAUAUGUGAAACUAGAAAAAAAAAGUAAAAUAAGGGAAGCAUACUGCAGUUGGUUGCAUAAUCAUUUUAUAGCUUCGAGUUUAUGAAGUUUGUAAUAGCAUCUUUGGUUAUGCGAUUGAAAAGCGCACAAUCACUUCGGGGAAAAAGCUACAAAUGUAGUUUAUGUAAUUACCGUGUUUUGGAUUGUAUGUCAUCACUAAUCCUAUCAUGUUGUGUAUGUAAGCUCGAGUGGUCUUCCAUAAAAUAAAAUAGUUUGUGAAAGAAA